AGUGUUAUGCAUUACAGCCGUAAGCCCCCCGUGCUCGCGGGCGGACGUGCCGCGGUCGGCGCGGGCGGCGCCAUGGCCAAGCGUUCUGCCCCAGUGGCCACGGCGCGGACAGGACGCGUGCUGGCGCGCCCGCGGAGGGCGGCGACGGCCAGCGUGGCGACCAAGGCGACAGGAGCCGCGACCAAGCGGCGGCCCAGACCGGCGCCACUCGGCGCUGGGGCCUCAGCGCCCAGUCCGCGUCGCCCGAGGCCGCCAGCGGCGUGGAAGGCGGACUGGCCAUGCAUCGUGGAGAUCUGGGGCAAUGCCAGGGCUCGUGGGCGAAAGACAUGUUAUUUGGACCGUCUGCCGAAGCGAAGUCUAGAGAGCAUAUGCUGUACACCAUGACGACAAACUGAAGUACAAUGGUUUAAAAUCUGCGGCCCCCUCUACGUGAGCCUCCUGCGUCCAGUAGACAACACGUUCGUGUGUCCGGCCCGUCGUUGUACCGAGCGUAGCUCGCGGUCUGCUGCGUCGAGCUGCUGUACCACACUUUCAGAUAGUCUGGAGCCGCGCUGUAAGACCCAAUCGUGGCACUUUGGCGAAAGACAUAUCCGUAUCCGUUGCCUCGUAGGCCAGGCCACUGGGACGCCACCCCGUGCGGAUAGGGGGGCGUUUUCUCGCGAAUGCCCCGCGCGGAACGUGCCAGCGCGGCCGCGUGUCCUCGGGAUGGCGCCCCGGAAUCCAGACCGCGAGGGGGUGCGGAUGCGUAUAUGUUCGCCGCUCUUGAAGGUGGCACUGGCACAGGGGGGGAAAUGGAUCGGCCCGCUGAUCGCCGAUGCUGGUCUGAUAGCCCACCCCGCCCAGGACCUUUGUGGAUUCGCUGUCAGGGGCCCAUCGCUGAUCUGCCGUCGACGUAUCGCCGUUCCCAGUUCGAUGCUUCCCCCCCUGCGCGGGUCCCCCCCAUACCGUUGCCCCUCAGGAGAUCCGGGCGGCAGGGGGCGCGCCAGUGGACACGAUCGGCUGCGACCGCCUGGCAGACCGGCGCGCCUCAGUGGCGGACGCGGAGUGGCAGUGUUUGGUUGCGGCCAUGCUCUCUUCGCUCACACGGGACCAGAUGACGGCCGCCGCCAUGUCCAACCUCCGCAGGCACGGGAACUCCGUGGCCAGCCUCGCCAAGACGACGGAGGCGCGUCUUGCGAAGCUGAUCUCGCCCGUGGGCUUCUACGCGACCAAGGCGAAGAAUAUCAGGGCCACGGCCAAGAUCUGUCUGAAACACCACGGCGGCAGGGUCCCACGGACGCUGGAGGAGCUCGUGGCACUGCCUGGCGUCGGGCCGAAGAUGGCGCACCUGACGAUGCAGUCGGCGUUUGGUGUCGAGGAGGGGAUCUGCGUCGACACGCACGUGCACCGCAUUGCCAACGCGCUUGGAUGGGUGCAGACGAGUGGCCCCGAGGAGACCCGCGUCGCGAUGGAGGCGUGGCUGCCGCGCAGGCAUUGGGGCGAGGCCAAUCAGCUGCUGGUGGGGCUGGGCCAGUUGCAGCAGCAGGAGCCUCGCCGGCUGGUGCAGCGCUGCCUGGCGGGACGAUCGAGUCUCCGCUCCCUGCGGCUCCUGGCGCCGUCGGCGUGAGACUGCGCGCUAGCAAGUUCCCGGAGCUGGCCGAGGCGGCCAGGGGCUCCGCGCCGAUCCGGAGGCUGCUGGUGUGAGCCGCGCGCGGAACCCCGGGGGGGCGCAGCCGACCAACAGGGGCUGCCUUCGCAGAGAUCUCUUCCUCCUCGUCUUCGUCGUCGUCGUCGUCCUCCUCCUCUGGCCGCUUUGCGGCAUUCUAAGCGAUUCCUGCACCGCCCAGUGGGCCGGCAGCCGCCCGCCUCCGCCUCCUCCUGCCAGGCGUGCCUCCACA